AUGAUGUUGUUGUUCAUUUUGUUUGGUCUCUCUCUGGCUGCUGUGGCUCCUUCAGACAGGCAGGAGCCGAAACUGCUCCGUGGCGGCUGCAACAACUUUUGGUACGACUUUGAGAACAGCUGUUACAAAUAUGUCGCCACAUUGAUGACCUGGGCUGAUGCAGAGAAGCACUGUGUGUCCCAAGGAGCCAACCUGGUUUCCAUCCACAGUAUGGAAGAAGAGAACUUUGUGAAAGACCUGAUCAAAAACUUUGAUCCUGCUGAGGGGUUCAACUGGAUUGGACUCUCUGAUGCUCAGCAGGAUGGAACAUAUUUCUGGUCUGAUGGUUCUCCAUUUGAUUUUAGUUUUUGGUAUCCAGGAGAGCCAAACAAUGCAGGCGGAGCUGAACCUUGUGUUAACACCAACUCAGGCACAGACAAAAAAUGGAAUGGCAUUGUGUGCACAAAUAAAUUUGCCUCUGUUUGUAAGGUUGAUCAAGUUUGUCAGUAG